AUGGCCCUGCCGCCCCACAGUCGCCACCCCAGCAGCAGCUGCCGUCAUGCCUGCUGCCACUGCUGCUUCUUCUACGACAGGUCGCAGCCGCCGCUGCCGUCCCGGCCCUGCCCUGCAGUCGAGGCGCGGCACUCCUCUGCCGGCGCGCCCCGGCCCUGCCCCACCGCUUGCGGCCCUCUACCCACCCGACCCUG